AAGAAAACAUGACCCUGAAUUUAAUGAGAAUGGUCAAUAACGCGUAAGUAUGCACUAGGAAAAAAUAAAGGACCAGUUUGCCUCAAGUAGAGACUAUACAAUUUGUUGAAUGUAUAUAUAGGCUGCAGGGUUAUGCUAAAAGAAGAAAAUGCAGAAAGCUUAACUGGUGCAUAUGGUUGAGUGACCUGGAAGGAACUAUAAGAAAAUGGAGAAGUUACAACGAGGUUUUGGUGGUGAUGGGGAAGAGGAAGGGUAUGAUGCGGUGGUUGUGGGGUCCGGCUACGGUGGUUCUGUUGUUGCUUGUAGGUUGUCCAUGGCAGCUGCAGGCAUAAGGGUUUGUCUACUUGAGAAAGGCCGCAGAUGGGAAUCUGAAGAUUUCCCAACUGACAGCUUCAAGUUGUUGUCAUCUUUGAGGAUGGAGAGCCGGAACCUAGGCCUUAGCUUUGGAUCCAAGGAUGCACUAAUCCAGGUAUACGAGCAAAAUGAUUCUGUAGCAGUAGUGGGUUGUGGGCUUGGUGGAGGCUCACUGGUGAACGCAGGAGUUAUGAUGCCAACGCCAGUUCGGGCCAGACGACAUCUAAAAUGGCCAAACGACUGGGAGAAGAACUGGGAUCAUUGUGAGGCUUCUGCUGCAGCCAUGCUCAAAAUACAAAGUGUUCCUGUGAAGUUUUCUGUUGGGCAGGCCUUGGAAGACAUCGCCAUUAAAGAAGAGGUUGGAGAAACUUCUGAGACUUCUGUAAAGCUGACUGUGAAUUUUGACUUUGAAGAUCAACGUCCAGGAAACACUGAAACUUCGAAACUUCAAGAGAUGGGGAGCUGCUUGGCCUGUGGAAAUUGUCUUUCUGGAUGUCCUUAUAAUGCCAAAGCUUCUAACGACAAAACUUAUCUACUUUCAGCAAUCCAGGCAUGUCUUAUCUAUAAUCAUCCCCUUAUAUGA